AUGGAGUUCAUCCCGCAUUUAGAUAUUUAUAAUAUCAGCGAGAUACUCGCCCAUCGGGCCGGAAUCGAAGCUAGAGCCGAGGACAUGUACGCUGAACUCCAAACCAUGAAACAAGUGGUGGAGGAUCGAAUAUCCCGAGCGAACGCAUUGGCCGUCACAGCCUCCAGCGCCGCAGACCGCUACAAGGCAGUGAAGCUGAUGUACUUGAUUAUGGAAACCCGGGGCUUCGAGAUGGAGCAGUGGUAUUCCAGCCUGACAGCUGAGGAACGAGGCGAUGAGGACACGAUAAUCGACUAUGUGAGACGAUACUAUGGGUGGGAACCGGUCCUGGACUUGUUCGGGCGGAUCCAGUUAAUGCGAGACACACACCACGAGUUUAUCGAGGGCCUGAGACAAGGGGAGGUACAAUACUUGUUGGCAUAUCAUCAGGAAUAUCUAGCUGAGACUUUGGCGUGCUUUCAUUUCUUUGAAAGUGAGAUUGGAAGUCAGGGUCUGGGAGAAUGGUGGGGACAACGACUGGAACGGGGCGUUACGGUCCAUUGGGACUUAAAUCGGCAUUUUCUUCAAGAAGCUAGAGGGCCGCAGUAUGCUCCUGUGUACAGCUCCUCUGAUGUUGUGUCGGCUGGGAAUUCAGACCUCGAAAGGGCCGUGGAGUAUGUGGAAUGGGCUACCCACGAACUGGAGGCCUAUGUGAUGCAAACUCAUGGGAUUCAGUCCUACGCGGCGAUCGAAUAUUAG